UGUAACUCGUUUACAGAAGCAGGGUUUGUUAUGAAGCCGGAGCGCUGGCAUUAACACACACGGCACCGGCCCGCUUUUUGGAAAACCGAGAUUUCUGCGCAAUGAAAAUGCGUUUCAGGGCUCCGCAAAACAUGAGUGCGGUUUUAACGCAGCUUUUAUUAUUACAGCUGGGUUGCAUUUUCAUUUCUGUACAAGCAAAGGCAUCGUCCGUGUCGUGUUCCAGCGGACAGUUCGCUUUUAAGAACCGCUGCGUCUUCUGCCAUCCCACCUGCACCGAGUGUGAGGGCCAUGAACUGUUCCAGUGUACCGCCUGUGGAUCGGAUGAAGACGGGAGAGAGCGCUUUCUGUACCAGGGUCACUGCAGAGCCCAUUGCCCGCGGGAGUUCUACCCUGACCGAGAACAGUACACCUGCCUACCCUGCAUUGCCAACUGUGAGAUCUGUGUGAAUGACAACAUCUGCACCAAGUGCAGGGAAGGAUAUAAAGUCCAGAGUGGAAUCUGUCUGCCAGUGCUCUGUGGUGUGGGUGAGGUCCAUGAUCCAGAAUCAGGAGAAUGCAUUGAAUGCGAGACUGGCUGUAGCACCUGCUCCACUGAUGACCCAGAGUACUGUAACAGCUGUACAGAUGACUACUUCCUGUACAGGCACCAGUGUCGACAGCACUGCCCCCAGAGGACCUAUGAGGAGGCAAGCAGGGGUGUGUGUCUCAGCUGCCCAGAGUCCUGCUUAGACUGCAGGAGUGAGACGCUCUGUCUGAUCUGUCAGCCAGGCCAAUUUCUACACAAUGGUGCAUGUGUGAAUGAGUGUCCCCAGGACAUGUUUGGAGAUGUCAGAGGAUGGCGCUGCCAGCCCUGUCAUUCCUCAUGUCUAACCUGCCAUGGCCCAGGAGCAAGAGACUGUGAUAGGUGCAAGGGCUGGAAUAGUCCCAUUUACGGGAGGUGUCCCGUGAUCAGCUGCCCUGAGGGCCAAUACUUUGAUAGUGGGACUCGUGACUGCCGUUAUUGCGAUGUGUCCUGCAGGACAUGCUAUGGUCCAACAGCACAAAACUGCAACACCUGUUCAACUGGGUAUAUGUUGGAGCAGCAGGAGGCAGUGUGUGUACAUCAUUGUCCAUUAGGGUUCUAUGGUAAUAGCUCCAGUCAACAGUGUGAGAGGUGCUCAAGUAACUGUGAGACGUGUGAGAGUGGAGACCAGUGUUUGAGCUGCCAGAGUGGUUCUUAUCAGCUCUUUCUGUUCCAGGGCAGCUGCUGGUCAGAGUGUCCAGAUGGUUAUUUUGAGACAGCAGAAGGGACUUGUGAUCCUUGUGAUGACCUUUGUUUGACCUGUGAUGGGAGCAGAACUCAGUGCCUUGCAUGCAGAGAUGGACGUUUCCUGGAAAACAGCAUGUGCAGAGAUAACUGCUCAGUGAGGACCUUUGCUGCUGAGGAUGGAACAUGCAGACGAUGUGGCCCUCACUGUGACACCUGCAUUGAUACCAGUACAUGCACCAGAUGUACUUUUCUUUACCUUCUGUUGAAUGGUAUGUGUAAAGCCAGCUGUCCAGAGGGCUAUUUUGAGGACUUGGACCAGGGUGUGUGUGUGCAGUGCCAUGAGUCAUGUGCUACGUGUUCUGGGCCACUCUCCGAUGACUGUGAGAGCUGCUCCACUCUGGCUCCGAAGCUAUAUGAGGGCACAUGUUCAGAGGACUGCCCCGCUGGCACCUACUACCAGACUGCCAGCAUGGAAUGCCAGGAAUGCCACCAGACAUGUGCACUGUGUACAGGCCCAGAGGCCACCCAGUGCACUCAGUGUGUGAAAGGUCUAGCCCUGGACCCCAAUACCAUGAUGUGUGGCGUGACCGGAGACUCAGACUGCCCACCCAAAACCUUUCUCCAUGCCAACCAGUUCACAUGCCAGGCUUGUCAUCAUCACUGCCAGUCUUGUGAGGGCCCUGCGUCUACAGAUUGCCAGACCUGUGCCCUUCCCCGAUAUCUCCAUAAUAGCUCUUGUGUGACUGAGUGUACACUAGGCACAUACAGUGCUCAUGAGGAAGCUGAUGGCAUUGAGCUCGGGUUCUGUAUGCCGUGUGAUCAUGUGUGUGCCACAUGCUCAGGAGCAUCUUCUAAAGACUGUCUGAGCUGCUCUCCUGGUUACUUACACCUGCUCUCACAUCUGUGUGUGCGCCAUUGUCCUACAGGGUACUACAGUACAGGCCAGCGCUGUGAGAAGUGUCAUGAAUCCUGUGAGAUGUGCUCAGGCCCGGAGCCGGAUGCCUGCAUGGUGUGUGUCCCACCUCUCCUUGAGCUUCAGGGCACCAGAGUGUGUGUGGAACACUGUCCUCCACGUUUCUACCAAAGCACACACACCUGUCGACAAUGUCACACUAGCUGCAAGAGCUGCGCAGAUAACACACCACAGAGCUGCCUGACGUGUGACUGGGGCAGUAUCUUACAGGAAAGGGUGUGUUAUCCUCGCUGUGAAGAAGGCCACUACUACUCUCAAAAUGAGAUGUGUGAGGCCUGUGACGGAUCCUGUAGGUACUGCUCUGGACCUGGGCCUGAGAGCUGUGUGACGUGUCAUCCAGGGUUUGGACUGCAUGCUGUAACACGACGCUGCUUGGUGUGCUGCCAGCCUGACGAACCAGCUAAGAAUUGCUGCCUCUGUCACUCAGCUUCAGCUUUGUGUUUGGAGACUCCGGCUUCAGGACAGAACAAGGCUGAGGAUGACGAGUUGAAUCUGAGGUCCCAGGUAUACCAGCACACAUCUGCUGCCCUGCCUGCUGCUCUGAUUUUGGCUGUUGUCCUUGCGCUGGGCAUCUUUGCAUUGGCACAAGCCCGUGCCAAGAAGAGGCUGUGCUGGAGGCAGAGUUACGAGAGACUGAGCGGGACAGCAGGCGCCAGGCCUGAUCCACGGACCAUGCCCCAUGGAGUACCCGAGCCAGAGGACAGUGGAGAUGAUGCAGAUGUUGUUUACACAAGUCGAGACGGAUCCGUCUAUCGCCGUUAUGGAUUUAUACACAAACCUGAGUCUGAGGAAGAGGAUGGGGAUGAAGCCAAUGAGAACACACUCCUCAGCCGAACAUAAAGAGAGCACAAGGCACACUGAGGCAAUCCCUGAGAUUGUAAUCCAGAGUUCUGAAUUUUAUAUUGUAAUUGUUUACUUUAAUUUGUUUUAUCAAUGAAAUGAAGGUUGCCAUGCAGCAUACAUGUUCUCUCACUGUAAAAUAUUUUAUAUGUAAGUAACAUGUAUAAUGCACCUGUUUUGUAUUUGAGAAUGAAUGGUUAGUUAAUCUUUAUAGAGUGCUGUACAAUCGGAUCAUCUAAAUGAGGAACUAAGCAAUAAGUCAAUAAGCGUUUAAAUGUGGUAGCCGAAAAAAUCAUCUGUAAUUUCCAUCAAAUACAUAAACAUAAAAAUUUUCUUUGUAACUCUGAACUUGUUGUGACUGUAGUUUCAUGCUGUAACUAUUCUGUCUUCCGUAUAAUGCCAAAAUAUGUAAGUUUAUCAUGUGGCAUUUUCCGUUUUGUAAAUAUAGCUGUAAUUGAUGAAUUGCUUACUCAAUUGCCAGUUCAUAUUGUAACAAAUCAUUUGUAAUGUUCUAUUUGUAUAAAUAAAAUUUAGAUAAAAUGCA